UGAUGUUGGUGGAUAUGUUCCUUCAUUUUCAGACUAUGGAAAGUUGGGUUAAUACACACAAACAAACAAAUAACCCAAAUCACGACAUCACCAUAUUUCUGCAGACUCUCUUCGAAAGACUUCUAUUGCAUGUGCAUUUGCUUCUACCGUAUGCUUCAACGAUACUUUGGAUAUAGCAUCUAUUUCAUGAUAUUUUAAAGCUCAGUAACUCGUCCUUCCAUUUUAUUUACCUUGAUUCUGUUGGUCUAUUGGAUCCAUUUUGAAGGAAAAGAAAAAAAAAAAAAAAGUUUUUUUUUCGUACUGCUUUUUUUUCUCCCCUAGCGCCCAAAUUCAUGAGUGAGAAUGACAACACUCUAAUAUAUACCCCAAUGACGAUUACAAGGACCUUGUCAAGACCACCUUCCUACGUAGUUAACGAUGCCAUGCUUUUAGAUGCUGAGCGAGAACAAGCCCAUUUAGAGAUUCUCCAUGAGUUGGGUGAAUAUUACCACCAACGAGAACAAGGGUUCCUCAAGGUUCUCUUGUGCCGUUCCAGUGACACCAACUACAGAGACGCAUGUCAGUCCUGUUUACUAAGCCAAUUCCAGGGCGUCUUGAUGGCGUUUUGGAUCACCGUCCUGAUAUGCCUAGGUGCAUUGUCUGUGUUUACUCAUUUACCUCAGGGCGCUCAAGCAUUGUGGAUCCCGCUUGCACUCUACAUGAUCCUUGCUUUCUUCCUAUUUAAACAAAGGCAUAAACGUGCGAUACGCAUUGAUCAAUUGGAACGACAAGUCUUGGCUGAACGCACUCGACGAAGAUUAAAUCUUUUACCAACAGGUCAUUUCUUUGAGAUUCAAUACGAUAACAAGGAUCAUACCCAUCCUUAUCGUACCUUGUUAAAACCACCACCUAUUUAUACGCAUUAAUUUUUUUUUUUAUUGUUGUUCGUCAUCAUAAUAAACAAAUAAGUAAAAAA